CUUUAUUUUUUAAAUGCAGCCAGAGAUAACGUCUUACUUAAAAGCAAAGAAAAAACAAAACAACAAUCAAAAUAUGAAGUAAUCGGAUUAUCAUAACGUAGCCAUAAACAUACUGUAAACUGCAUGUAAUUUGGAGUUGCAGAAAAAAAAAUUCGUGGCAAGCUGACCUUCAAUUGUGUAGAAGGCACUCAACGUGGAGACGACAUUGUUAACAGAUAACUGACAAUCCUGAACCACUUUGUUUGCAUUCAGACGUUUGACGUCGUAAUUUUUUUUGUUGUUCUGAGAGAGCUAAAUUUGUACCUUGCUGUAUUCGAAUCAUGUUCAGGAAUGUGAAGACUCAUAUGUCAUUUGAGUUACAACAGCCACUGACCAUGCCGAACAGCAAUAACCUUAUCUAGUAUUGCAGAGGGCACGCAUGCCAGAUCUCGCUCGUGCGCUUUCGAGAAGCGAAACAUAACAUACAAACACAAAGCUGGUGAUAACCAAUGUUCCUCUAAACUCCAACCCGCGCCAUUGUGCACCGGACCAAGGACCUUUGCACAGAUUGAACCCUUUGUCUUUCACAGAAAUGUCUGAAUAAAAUCGAUUGUCGGAGAAACACGGAAGCCUGCGAUGAACGCGUCCGCUGGAACCGGAGUCUUUGUAUUGUCCUUGCUGUCAAUACCCAUCUCAUAUCUAUUCAACUUUUUAAUUUAUACAAACAGCACUGAAGCGCUUGUGGUUGCGGGGGUGCUAACUGUACUUGUCAUAGCAAUAUCGGCUCGCAUUUUGCUUAAAAAGAAACCACCGAAAGACCCCCUUUUCUAUGUUUAUGCAGUGUAUGCAUUCUUUAGUGUGGUGAACCUCAUUAUAGGACUUGAGCAGGAUGGCAUCAUAGAUGGAUUUAUGACCUUUUACUUAAAAGAGGCAGACCCUUACAUCAAUACAGCACAUGGGCACAUGAUUUCCUACUGGGAUGGCUGCGCACACUAUCUCAUGUACUUGCUGAUGGUUGCAGCGAUAACCUGGGGGGCGAGCUACAGAGUCAUCGGCCUCUACUGGGUGGGUUCCUUCCUGAUGCGUGUCAUAGUCUACAUUCCUGGCAACGUUGUUGGAAAAUACGGAACGCAGCUGAGCCCGCUGUUCUUCAUCCACACGGCGUACGUCUUGCUGUCCGUGUGGGCGUGCUUCCGCGUCUUCAGCCAGCCGCCCACCCGGGAGGCGCUGCCCACGAGCAUACAGGAGGCCCACAAGAAGAGCCUGGUGCAAAGACCCUUGGAUUUUCUCUUUGCCAUCUACCUCAUCCCUGCUAUUGCUUUCUGCAUCUUCAGAGGCUUGGUUGCGCUGGACUGCUCAGCCCAGUGGUGUCAGGAGUACCUGCAGCACUACGAGCCUUACCUGAAGGACCCCUCGGCCUACCCCAAAAUCCAGAUGCUGGUGAACAUGUUUUACUCUGUUCCGUACUACACGAUAACCCUAUAUGGGCUGGUGGUCCCAGGCUGUGACUGGAUUCCUGACCUGGCUCUGGUGCACUCGGGAGCGGUAGCGCAAGCCCAGUUCGCCCACAUCGGAGCCUCUCUGCACACCAGGACCCCCUUUACCUACAGGGUCCCUGACGCCAACAAGACCCUCUUCCUGGCAGUCAACACUCUCUAUGGCCUAAUGCCGCAGAUCCUCAGCUACCGCUCCAUCAACAGCCCCGCCUUCUUCAUGAAGCUCCGGCCAGACAAAAAAGACUGAGCCGCUCUGCCUCUAAGCUCGCCGCUCACCUUCCCAGCUCCAGCAUCUGGACUGACCACUAGGCUCCGCCCACUCCUAGUAUUAAACAUUCCUUUUCACUGAAAGGAAACUUGACAUCUUAUUUUGUGCUUUUUGGCAAUGUUGUUUUCUAAUUGUUUUAUUUUUGUUGUUGCCGCUGUUGAAUAUUGGAUUUAUGCUGUUACUGAAGUAGGGCAAAGUUCUAUCUGGCUUUCCAUUGUUUACUUAGGUGUCAACUCUUGGAAACCUGACUUUGGGAACAGUGUUAUAGGUGUCGUGACCCUACAGAUUAUUCAGGAGCCAAUUUACUCUGUUCAGUGAAAACGGUGCCUAGAUUGUAUUUGCUAUAAUGCUGUGUAAAGAAGCAGUUAUAAGUAGAUGCCUUAAGAUAGAUUCUCAAUGUUCUGUAAAUUAUACUUUUAAAUAUGUAAGAAACAGU